AAGUCUUUUGCUUUUAAUCUGUUGAAUAAUAUUGGAAAAAAUAGAUUUCUUAUUUUUAAAAUUACAUUAUUAAAUUUUUAAAUAUACCAAAAAAUGUCUUGAUUUUUAUAACAUAGUUCUUCUAUUAAUUAAAUAUGUGUACAUACGAGUAAAUAAAAAAACACAUAAUACACAGAUAUACAUAAGUAAAUAAAUAUAAUAAGUAUUUAAUCUAUAUUAUCCACGCGUCCAUUAGUUACACAUACGUACAAUGUAUACAAGAAUUUAAUUUUUUAAAUUGAUUCACCUUCAUAAAUUUAAUAAAAAGUCUUUCGUGAAAAAUACGUAUUCCAAAAAUUUGAAAUUCCAUUUUAUUUUAUUUUUUGUUUUAAAUAUCAUAGAAAAUUGUAUUUUUUAAUUUUUCACUAAGACGCUGCACAUCAGCAUAGUUUUACUCAGUUACUCAUUCACAAACAUACACAGGAAUAUAUAAAAUUUUAUUUAUGGUACAAAUUCAAAUUUAGAUAAAAUAAUUCAAAUUGUAAAUGAGUUUCUCUGUGCACAUAAAUUUCAUACAAAUUUUUAGAUUACUUAACUACAAAUAUAAAUAGCUAGACAAGAGUAGCUACCGAGAAUGUUAUGCUAUGGUGUCAUCAGAAGUUGAUGUUAUAAUUUUUUAAUUUAAGUUAUAAGAUAUUAUUAAUUGCAAUUAGAUAAUUUUUUUUUUUUUCAAGAAAAUGGCUUUUUGUUCUUUUUAAAUCGAAUUAUUCGCAUUAUUGUAAUAGAAUUAUCUUCGUAUAUUUAUAAUAUACGUAUUAUGUAUCUAUUAUAUACAUAUAUGCAUAUACAUAGGUACGCAUAAUAUCUUUAACAGUAAAUUUUAACUACAAUCAAUAAUCUUUACGAGUGUGUAUCUAUAAUAUAUAUAAGUAUAAAGUAUAUAUUUAAAUGCACCUGUAUGGUGGUACACUGGUACCGUUUACCGUAAUAAGAAGAUGGCGAUAGUAUGAUGCUAGUGGGUGCUAGUGUAAGUGUACAUAAUGGCAGCUUCAAAGGUAACACAUUUUUUAAUUCAAAUUUCUACCUAAGUCUUUUGUACCGAUUGCGUACUUAUAACAAAUGUUUAUUAAUUAAAUAUACCAUUAACUAUAGACAAUUGAUAAUUUUAAUCAUGAGCGAGACCUUUUCUGCACGGAUUGACGCGAAUAAUUAUUUAUAUCGUUAUGUAUAGAUAUGGAUACUUUCAUCCAGGCUCUGAGCACGCCUUCGAUACAUAUGCGAUGAAAAAUGGUGAAAAUGAAGGGAGAAUCGAUCGAUACUAAGAAACCAACGAAUCGUGGUGUAUCAAUUAUGAAAGAAAAUAUGCAUAAUGACGAUUACGGCGUUGAGGCAGAAUUGACAAGUCUUUCGUGGCUACAAUCGCUUGACAUUACAAGUGCUUCUAGUUUGCCAACACCACCCUGUUCUCCAUCUCCGCCUCCGUUAACGCGACAGCCAAGAAAAAAACUUUCACCCCUAAUUAAGGCCGAAUUAGAUCUAGCUGCAAACGCCGAGAAGUAUCGAACUGACCCUGACGCAAAACCGCCAUUUUCGUAUGCGACGAUCAUUUGCUUGGCGAUGCGUGCAAAUAAUAACAAAGUGUCCCUUUCAAAUAUAUAUGCAUGGAUUCGAGAAAACUUCUUGUUUUACAAAUAUGCUGAUCCAGCUUGGCAGAACUCAAUUCGACACAAUUUAUCAUUGAAUAAAUGUUUUGUCAAGUUACCACGUUCAAAGGAUGAACCAGGCAAAGGUGGUUUCUGGAAAUUAGAUUUGGAAAGAAUGGAAGAAGGCAGAAAAUCGAAGCGACGCGCAACCAUGUCUCAACGAAUUCGUGGAUCAAAGAAGCUAACAGCUGCAAAGACGAUGGUAACGAACAAUAUUCAAAGCAAUGGCGCCCCAUCGAUCAACUGUCCGUCGACGUUAUACGAGACACCGCCCAGUAGCGUAUCUCCUCCGAUUCCAGACUGUCUCUCGGAAAUUCCCGAUUCUACCCAAGUUAGUUUAAGCGAAGAUGAUCUCACUGGUUUGUUAAUUGCUACUGCGGGUUGGGAUGAGAAUCAGUUGGAUCUCUUAGAUUCCCUUCUCGAUACUCUUUAAAAGAUUGGCCGGUUAAAGCCUUUUGUACACAAACUCUGACAUUUAUAUUUAACUUUCUUAACUACUCGUUAUCCUACAAAUUUAUAGAUACGUUUACGAUCUUUUUCACGAAUAUGAAAGAAAUUUGAGUAAGUGGCUUCAGUUUCUAAACAUUCGGUACGUGAUUCAAACGAUUAUACAUUCUUACGCAUCUAGUAGAUACUCGAAUGUUUUAAAGGAUGUUAUAAAUAUUUUCAUUUUGAAUAUUAACCGACAGUGAGAGAUAUUUAAAGCGAAUAAGAAACUAUUAUUUUGCCCAGUAUCACUCUAUUUAUGUUUAUCGUACCUACGUACGUGGUGUCGAUCGAGGAUAAAUUUCUGAAAGGGCAAAAAAAUUGUGUAUAUAAAAUAUGUAUUUCAGUUACUUUAAAUUAAUUUCAAACAUAAUAUUUAUUUAUUCGCAACGAUAAUUAUCACCGUUGAAAUAUUUGUUAAUACGAAAAUAUGAUUUGUGCUUAUUACUUGACUGAAUACAUACAUAUAUCUAUUAGACGAAAAUUCUACAAUAAAUCGAUAGUUAAUAAUACUGUGUAUGAAAAAUAAUUAUAAUAUAUUUGUAACACAGUAAUUUGCAGUGUGCCUUCGAAUAAAGAAUAAAUAUUUAUAGUAUCAUACAUUUGCCAAGUCGAUUAA